AUGGCAGACUAUCGUCGUCAGGUUACGACCAUGAGCUCGCCUGUGCGGCUGGCCCGCAAACCAUCACUUAAUACCAUAAUUGAAGCGAACGAGAACUCCCCUGGAGCACAAAGUCGGAAGGAUGAACUAGCAAGGCAGAGCUUACAUUCCAUCCAGAUUGCCAUGGCUCUCUCUCCAGAGACGGCGAAACGGAUUUCGACUCCAGCCGAUUCAAUGUCGACAACGUCUUCGUCAUGCUCCGAUGAGGAGUGGCAGCAGGGGAUGCGGUCGUUUGAUGAUCUCUACGACGCAACAGACGAUGAGGAGUCCUGUCCUUCACUCACAGAGAGCCGGCCUAGCAGUCUUGCAUCGAUGUCUAUCCGAAGUUCAACCUACUCCACUCACAGUCGGAACCGGUAUCCAAGCCUCAUGAUUCCAACGUCCACUCUCUGGCCGUCUCUGAGAAAUCCCCACAAAAGCUCGCCUGUGCCACCGACACCACCUCCUAAAAUUCCAGUUUCUCCGGCUGCAUUGUCAAUGAUUCCAGGGAUUGUCCCUGCACUGCACGCCCCUCCUUCGCUGGAUGGGAGUCUGUCUUCGGAUCAGAUAUCGAACAUCAGCUCCCCGGCAACACCGGACUUACGCCCAGUCCAUGAUAGCGAUUGGGAUAACACAAUAGUUCGAGUGCGGCAUGAUUCCAACGCCCCAAGCAGCGCUGGUGGAUCCAGCGCGGACUUGACCGCUGACGAUGAGCGAGCAAUUGAAACAUCAGUCGAUGAUUGGAAUCCUAUGCUCGAUAGCUUUCCGGCCAUUCCUUCCGGAUUUGAGAGAGACAUGCCGUCAGCCAACACACAAGACUUGGCUUAUGAGCCAGUUCAACCCGAGAGCCCCGAGCUUGAUGGGAUAAAUCUCCCUCCUGCCGCCAUCGCCACGCUCCAGCAUAUUCCACUUGAUAGCACGCCAGGUCCGUGGUCGGAGACAUCCGAGAAAAAUGAUGAAAUGUGGCAGCUUUCUGCACCACCCACCCGUCCACGGAGCGCAACCCCCGAUUCUGAACUGUCUGGUUACAGCUUCACGAAUCUAAGCAUUCCUUCUCCCGGCGGGUUCUUUUCAUCGCUAGACCCCAAAUCACGCUAUACGUGGUCAUUGCCAAGUGUAGCUAAUCCGCCAACUUCAGCAGUUGCUGCGCGGUUCUACGAUCUCCCCUGGGGCCAAGAUCAGGGCCAAGUUGUCGAGCAGGUUGUGGAAGUCGUAGAAGAGGCCCUCAAUGAUGAUCAGCCUACUGCUGUUCCCAUUACAGCCAUUAGAAUCCCUCCUACACACAGGCGUAACGACUCCAGUUCCAGCCAUAGUCCCGUUGCCGAUGUACAGGAACUCGACCGAUCUGGAGUCGUAUAUGAGUACGACGAGGCUUAUGAUGAAGAAUUGAAACGACAAGCCGUUGCUAACCUCGACCGAACUAGCGUCUGGCUGGCAGCUCAGCGAUCGUACUUGUCUGCUCUCCGCGAAACAAACCCCGCGAACGAGCUGACGGAGAUGGAGACGGAGAUAACUUCGCCUGAUGUCGAGAACCGCCCGACCUCGUCUUCAGCGGAUUCUCCACCCAGAAAAUCAGUCCGGUUCUCAGAGACUGUGCAGGAAGCAAUAGUAUCUCCACCACCUCCAGAAACAGCCAGCAAGGACUCUAUCUACUGGCGCGGGUUUCAAUUUGUCCUGCAACAAACCCGCCGCCGAGAUGUUUUCCUCCACAGCGAUACCCGUUUUGAUGCUGUGCAGUCUGGUCGACUUGCUCUUCCUCAGAAGCACACGACUGCGCUAUUGGGCAAGUUUGACUUAAUCAUUCCCGAACGACCCCCCUAUAAAGGUCCUUUCUCACAAUCACCACGCAAAUCCGUGGUUGCAGAAGUACUCGCAGAUCAAGCUCUGUUUUCUAAGCUGGAGAAAGAACAGAUGGUACUUUCACAACUAUGUCAGUCGAUGUGGGCUAUUGAUGCUCUGCGAUAUCUUAACGGUGGUCGAUUGAUCUCUAGUCCCGCCGCGCAGCGACUAUCCAAGGCUACCCACCCUUUAGGAAGCCCCGAGACAGCUGGCAAACGUCGCUUGAGGAUCCUGGAUCUUGGUGGCCAAGCGACUGGCGGGUGGGCAUGGCAUGUCGCUCAUGAUUACCCCAAUGUCAAGAUAUACACGGUCGUCAACAAGAGCCAAGAAGUCAACAGUCAUAUCAAGGGGCCUCCCAACCACCGACGGAUUUCUGUGCCCUGUCUGUGGAAGUUACCAUUCCGCAACAGUCAAUUCGACGUAAUCUCUGCUCGAUCUCUGCAUGCUCUUCUUAAGGUCGACCGUCCCGCGGGCGAGGAACUAGAUGAAUAUGAUCUCUGUCUGAGGGAAUGUUAUCGCUGCUUGAAACCCGGCGGAUACCUCGAAUUCUUCACAAUAGACUCUUCAAUUGCCCGUGCGGGACCCGUAGGGACUGCCGCGUCUGUUGAGUUCACAUUCAAUUUGAAGACACGCGGCUAUGAUCCGUCGCCAACCCGGGCAUUCCUAGGUCGUCUUCAGAAGAGCCAUUUCGUGGAUGUGAAACGAGCCUGGCUAUUUCUCCCCAUGGGGCUUGAGCCUGUUGUACCGGAGCCAAUGCGCGAAACGCCUAACCCUAGAGUCAAAAGUCAAAUCGAUUGUGAAGCUAUCCAAGGGCCUGUCGGUAGCACGGCCGACAUUGCCAGUAUGACGGGCUUGCUUGGCGGGUGGAUGUGGGAGCAGUGGUUGUUGAAGCUGCAGAUGGAAAUGGGACAGGAGCAGGAUGUUCUCUUGAGGGGCGUGGGCGGGGUUUUUGAUGAGGGUCGUAAGCAUAACGCUGGCUGGACUUGUUUGUGUGGUUGGGCUAUGAAGCCAAAGCGUCGAAGGUCGACUAUGAGUGAAGUGUUAUCUGGAUAUUAA